AUGACUGGGUUGUUGGCAGAAAUUGUUUCGGAUUCGUUAGCGUUGAAUGCGUCGCAAGAAUGGGAAGAUGUGUUCUUAUACACUCCCUUUCUUAACGACCAGGCACUUUCAUAUGAGUACGCUGAAUGUCUAGCAGCGCAAGCGUUUCUUCGUAUGGCUCAUCUAAGCUACUUUGUGAAGCAGCGGCCCAAUGCUGAAUUUAUUUCCCCAACAGGCAAAGUUCCUCUACUCAAAGUCCGACGGACGCUGAUACCCGAAUUCAGUGGAAUAGUGGAUUUUGUGGCUAAAAAGGGCGUGAAGCUGUGUGCUCACCUGAGUGAUUCGCAAAUUGCUGAAAUGCGUGCUCAUAUGUCUGUGAUGGACGUUCUACUACGGAACGUCGAAAUGUAUGUAAUGUGGAAGCACAACGAUACUUAUACGCAACUGACACGAUAUCGCUACGGAUCCGUGUAUAAAUGGCCUCUGAAUUGGAUUCUACCAGCAAUGAAACGAAGAGAAAUUCUCACAAAACUUCAGGAUAGUGGAUGGGGCGAUAAGAGUACAGAAGAAGUGCUGGAACAGUACGAGAAGGCGCUGCGAGCGUUAUCGUCACAACUGGGUUCAAAAUCGUACUUGUUUGGCAACGAGCCAACAGAGGCUGACGCUUUACUGUUCGGACAUUUGUUCACAAUAAUCACAAUGUCACUACCUUGCAUGGAUUUGAAGAAUGCAAUACUCAACUAUACAAAUCUUCAAGAUUUCGUCACUCGAGUAGAGACAGAAUACUUCAAGAUUUAA